UUGUGAAAAUGUGUUAAUCAUCUCUUCAUAUGUUGAUUACAUUUACAUUUAAUUCACGAUUAAAACUACAUUUCAAUUAUUAUUGUUGUGAUUGUUAUGGCAUUCAAUGCUCUCAUAAAUAGUGCCACAAAUCGAUAGUCGUCUCCGAAAAAAGUCAUUUCAUUUAUCGAUCGUUUCAUUUGUUUUGGAUUUUCGCCGAAAAUUAUCGCAAAUUAUUUAAUCAAUUGAAUCGCGAUUUACGCCAAGAGAUUGUGUUUAUCACUCAUUUGGUCCCACAAUCAAAAUGACAGCUCAUUGGGUGUCGUCGUUGUCUUCAUGCCAUCGCUUCCAGCCAUCAAUCCAUCGCUCAUCACAUGUGAAGACAUUUGUUAUAUUUAUCGCAAUUAUUAUAUUGAAUAGCAUUGUGUCGAUCGACGCCCGCAAACAUCAUUUGGUCCUAACUAAUGAUGACCGCAAAUACAUCACAAUCAGCACAUUUGGCUACUUCUUCGGCGGCCAUCUCUCCAUCGAAGUCAACCAAUUCAGUGAUUUCCCCCAUAAGGACGACUCUGUUUUUGGUUUCACUUUAGCCAAAACAAUGAGCGAUAGUCUCACACCAUAUCUCGAGGGACACGAAGACCGGUGUCUCCUUAUGGACGACGUGGUGACCAUCAAUAAUGACGAGAACAUUGGUUUAGUUUCAAUGGUUUUUGACUUUAAGAAUAAUGUAGUUAACUUUAAAUGCAAUAAAUUGUUGUCGAAAUUGCGGUUUUACGACGGAAUCCCUUCGAGACCUAAACGAAGUGAUAAUAUUUCAAAUGCUGUUGAAUCGGGCGCUAAAGCGGUUCCCAUUCACACUGAUAGUAAAGACACCGAUUAUAAGCCACAGCCCGAUGACAAGCAAAGUGCAGUCAGUGUUGACCACAACAAGAAAGAACCGAUCGAUAGCAGCAAAGUGUCCGAAACUAAUGUUGAAAUUAAGAGUGAUGUGAAUAAAGAGACAAAAUCUGAAACCAAAGAGAAUUCCAACUCAAUUGUUAGUAAAUUGAGUGAUACUAUCGAAAGGAAAGCAAACGAACCCAAAGUGAUUGCAAACAAUGAUAAACCGAUUGAGAUCUCGAAGGAAUUGAUACCCAAUUCAAACGAAGCCAAACCUGACGUGAAUCCGGACGAGAACUCUGACGCUAAAGAGUCAGUAAAGAGUGCUGAAGAGGAGAACAAGUCGUGUGCCAUUAAAUCAGUGAAACUCAUUCGAAGUGGAAAUAAAGACAGACCGGAAUUUAGUUUUAAAAUUCAGGCUGUGAUAGCAGACGAAGCGCACGCCGGUCUCUAUAGUCUAUUCUUUCACAAUUGUCCCAAUUAUGGUUCGAGGGGUGGCUUCCGGAAGACCACAUCAUUUAACCUCAACAUUAGUAUAAGUGAAGACAAUUUGGGCAACUAUUUGUCCGCCGGAGAGAUACCGUUGCCUCAGCUCUACUUCGCUCUGUCCGUCAUAUUCUUCCUUUUGGGCGUCAUUUGGAUUCAUGUGAUU